AUGGCGGGAGGCGCGGCCGGAGGUUUUGUGACUCGAGCAUUCGAGUCGAUGCUCAAAGAGUGUGCUGUCAGGAAAUACGAUGCGCUCCAGUCUGCCAUUCAGGCUUGCUUAGACAGUGGAAAGGACCUUAAUCAGCAGUCUAGCAUUGGAGAGGCUAAGGAAGCUUUAUCAGAAGUUUCAAAUCAAAGUUCAUCUGAGCCUGAUGCUAGAGUUGAAGAAACUGAGGUGGGAGAUGGUCCUUCCAUUGGAAAUCCAUCUGUUCCUGAGGAGGUAGAAAGGCCAACCAAAUGUACUGAAUCGAUCACAGUGGUCUUGGCGAAGACAAGUCAUACUUUAGGGGAAGCUGAGGCUGAGCUUGUCCUGAAUCCUCUUAGGCUUGCCUUUGAAACAAAGAACAUAAAGAUCGUGGAGCUUGCAUUGGAUUGCCUUCAUAAACUCAUUGAAUACAAUCACCUGGAGGGUGAUCCUGGUCUUGAUGGUGCUAAAAACGCGCAACUAUUUGCAGACAUCUUGAAUAUGGCCUGCAGUUCCGUGGAUAAUUCCUCACCAGACAGUACCACUCUUCAAGUAUUGAAAGUGCUUCUUACUGCCGUAGCGUCAACAAAGAUGCGAGUUCAUGGUGAACCCUUGCUGGGAGUCAUCCGGGUGUGCUAUAACAUUGCUCUCAAUAGCAAGAGUCCAAUCAACCAAGCAACGGCAAAGGCAAUGCUUACACAAAUGCUCAGUACCGUUUUCAGACGGAUGGAAACAGAUGUGGUCUCUUCAAAUCCUGAGCCCUCGGCAGUUCACUUGGAACACGGGUCAAAACCAAUGGUUGAAGAACUGUCAUCCAGUAAUAAUAAUGAGCCAAAUAUGAUAUUGCGUGAAACACUCUCUCCGAAACCAAUAAAUGAUGCAUCUGAAGAAAUUCAGGGUCUCGUCGGUGGCACUGAUAUAAAGGGUUUAGAAGCUGUUCUUGAGAAGGCUGUGGAUCUUGAAGACGGUACAAAAGUCACAAGAGGGAAGGGCCUGGAGAACAUGAGUGUCGUACAAAGAGAUGCAUUACUUCUUUUCCGUACUCUUUGUAAGAUGGGUAUGAAGGAGGACAAUGAUGAAGUUAUUACCAGAUCACGGAUUUUGUCUCUGGAGCUUCUGCAGGGUUUAUUGGAAGGUGUUAGUUACUCGUUCACAAAAAACUUUCCAUUCAUCGACUCGAUUAAAGCUCACCUUUCAUAUGCAUUACUACGAGCAUCAAUGUCGCACUCUCCUGCAAUAUCUCAGUAUGCAACAGGAUUAUUUGCAGUUCUUUUGUUGCGUUUUAGGGAAAGCUUCAAGGCAGAGAUUGGAGUCUUCUUCCCAGUGAUUAUUCUACGAUCAUUGGAUGGCUCAGAUGUAAACCAAAAAUUAAGUGUUCUUCGGAUGCUGGAGAAGGUAUGCCGGGAUCCUCAGAUGCUUGUUGACCUCUAUGUGAACUAUGACUGUGAUCUUGAGGCACCAAACUUGUUUGAAAGAGUGAUUGCCACAUUGUCCAAGAUUGCUCAAGGUACACAUAAUGUGGAUCCAAAGUCUGCAACCACACUACAGACUGGGCAACUUAAGACAUCAUCUCUUCAGGGUCUUGUGAAUGUGCUGAAGUCAUUAGUGCUUUUGGAGAAGUCUCAUAGAGAAUCAGAAAAUCAGAAUGAGGGCAAGGAAUUUUCGGAGGAUGCAAUUUCAUCUAGAGAAUUGAGUGAAUCAAAAAGUAAGGAAGACUCACCAAGCAAUUUUGAGAAGCUGAAGGCUCAUAAAUCCAUCAUUGAAACUGUUGUCUCUGAGUUUAAUCGACAUCCAGGAAAGGGCAUUCAGCAUUUAAUAUCCAGUGGGUUGGUGGAGAAAACUCCAGCUGCAGUUGCUCAGUUUCUGAGAAAUACCCCUAAUCUAGACAAGGCUAUGAUUGGGGAUUACUUGGGCCAGCAUGAGGAGUUCCCCCUCGCUGUUAUGCAUGCAUUUGUGGACUCCAUGAAUUUCUCUGGAAUGAAGUUUGACUUAGCCAUCCGUGAGUUUCUUAAAGGCUUUCGACUUCCAGGGGAAGCUCAGAAGAUAGAUAGAAUAAUGGAAAAAUUUGCAGAACGCUAUUGUGCAGAUAAUCCUGGUCUAUUCAAGAAUGCCGACACCGCUUAUGUCCUUGCUUAUGCAGUUAUAAUGUUGAAUACUGAUGCUCAUAAUCCAAUGGUUUGGCCAAAAAUGUCCAAAAGUGAUUUUGUACGCAUAAAUGCGAUGAAUGAUGCUGAAGAAUCUGCUCCUCCGGAACUCUUAGAGGAGAUAUAUGAUUCUAUUGUUAGAGAGGAGAUAAAAAUGAAAGAUGAUCCUGCUGGAAUUUUGAAUAACAGUAAGCAAAAGCCAGAAAUUGAGGACAGAGGUCUCAUCAACAUUCUGAAUCUGGCUAUUCCAAAAAUGAGCUCUUCAACGGACACUAAGCCUGAGAGCGAGGCAAUUGUCAAGCAAAUUCAGGCUAUAAUGAAGGAUCGCGGGGGAAGAAGAGGGGUCUUCUACACUUCACAUAGAAUUGAACUUGUACGUCUCAUGGUUGAAGCUGUAGGAUGGCCAUUACUUGCUGCUUUUGCGGUUACUAUGGGUGAAAUAGAUAACAAACCGAGGAUUGGUCUUUGUAUGGAAGGGUUCAAAGAAGGGAUACACAUAACAUAUGUUCUUAAAAUGGACACAAUGCGUUAUGCCCUUUUGACAUCUUUGAUUCGGUAUACUUUUUUGCAUGCACCACGAGAUAUGCAUCGAAAAAAUGUAGAGGCACUACGAACUCUUCUUACUUUAUGUGAUACUGAGAUCUAUGCCUUUCAAGACUCUUGGUUUGCCAUUCUGGAAUGCAUUUCCCGUCUAGAAUAUGCAGUAUCAUGGCCAGCUAUGACUGCAGUUGUCAUGCAAGGAUCUAAUCAAAUCUCUAGAGAUGCUAUUAUUCAAUCUCUGAGAGAGCUGGCUGGAAAACCAACCGAACAAGUUUUUGUGAAUAGCAUCAAAUUGCCCAGUGAAACAGUUGUGGAGUUCUUUACUGCUUUGUGCAGUGUGUCAGCUGAGGAAUUAAAGCAGAUUCCAGCACGUGUUUUUAGCUUGCAGAAGGUUGUCGAAAUUAGCUACUACAAUAUGGCUCGUAUAAGGCUGGUUUGGGCUAGAAUAUGGUCCGUAUUGGCCCAUCAUUUUAUUUUUGCUGGGAGUCAUCCUGACGAAAAAGUCGCUAUGUAUGCAAUAGAUUCUCUACGGCAACUUGCUGUAAAGUAUUUAGAGCGUGCUGAGCUGGCAAACUUCACUUUUCAGAAUGAUAUUUUGAAACCAUUUGUUGUUCUCAUUCGGAGCAGCAGAAGCGAUACCAUACGAAGGCUUAUAGUGGAUUGCAUUGUGCAACAGAUGAUAAAAUCCAAAGUUGGAAGCAUAAAGUCUGGAUGGCGAAGUGUUUUCAUGAUUUUCACUGCUGCUGCUGAUGAUGACACAGAACCCAUUGUUGAGAGUGCCUUUGAGAAUGUCGAACAGGUUGUACUGGAACACUUUGAUCAGGUUGUUGGAGAUUGCUUUAUGGAUUGUGUCAAUUGCCUGAUUGGUUUUGCUAAUAAUAAAAGUUCUCACCGCAUAAGUUUGAAAGCCAUUGCUCUGCUGCGGAUUUGUGAGGACCGUCUUGCAGAGGGACUAAUACCAGGUGGUGUUCUGAAACCAAUAGACAGUGCUGCAGAUGAAACAUUUGAUGUUACUGAGCACUACUGGUUUCCAAUGCUUGCUGGUCUUUCUGAUUUGACUUCUGAUCCCAGACCUGAGGUCAGAAGUUGUGCGCUUGAGGUUUUGUUUGAUCUGUUGAAUGAGAGAGGCAGCAAGUUCUCAUCUUCAUUUUGGGAGAAUAUAUUUCAACGAGUCCUGUUUCCAAUCUUUGAUAAUGUAAGACAUGCCGGAAAAGAGAGUUUUUCGUCUUCUGAGGAAGGGUGGGUCCGUGAAAGCAGUGUUCAUUCACUACAGUUGCUAUGCAACCUUUUUAACACGUUUUACAAGGAUGUGUGUUUUAUGCUGCCACAACUGCUCAGCUUACUGUUGGAUUGUGCCAAGAAAACUGAUCAGUCCGUAGUUUCACUAUCUCUGGGUGCAUUGGUGCAUCUUAUUGAAGUUGGAGGACAUCAAUUCAGUGAUCAUGACUGGAAUACUUUGUUGAAAAGUAUAAGGGAUGCUACAUAUGCAACCCAACCCCUUGAGCUUCUGAACAAUUUGGGUUUUGAGAAUGCUAAGCAUCAUAAAACAUUGACAAGGGACUUGGACAGCCCUGCAUCAGUAGCAACUUGUAGUGACAACCAUCAGGGUACUGUCUAUGAAAAUGGGAUUACAGUCCAAAAAGAAGCUAAUGUCGAUGGAAUUGUUGUAGAUGUCAAUCAAGAGACAGUGCGCCCUGUGGAUGCAGAGGGAUCUGAAGGCAUGCCAUCACCCUCGGGACGAACUGCAAGAGCUACUGAUGAUGGAGGCCUUCAACGUAGUCAGACAUUUGGACAAAGAAUCAUGGGGAAUGUGAUGGACAACCUGUUUUUGAGAAGUUUUACAUCAAAACCGAAGGACCGUACAUCUGACGUAAUGGUACCAUCUUCACCGUCCAAGAUUUUUGAUGCAGCUGUGGAGCCUGAUUCCAGAGAUGAGGAGGAAAGUCUAAUAUUGGGAACCAUUAGAAGCAAAUGUGUCACCCAAUUGUUACUUCUAGGUGCCGUUGAUAGCAUUCAGAAUAAGUUCUGGAACAAGUUGAAUGCACAACAGAAAAUCGCCAUCAUGGAAAUUUUGCUCUCUAUCCUCGAUUUUGCUGCCUCGUACAAUUCUUUUAAUAAUCUCAGAUUGCGAAUGAACCAAAAUUCCUCCGAAAGGUUGCCACCACUAAAUCUUCUUCGUCAGGAACUCUCUGGAACUUGUAUCUAUCUGAAUAUCUUACAUAAAGCAACAGAAAAAGAUGAUAAUCACAAAGUGGAUGAUGCAGAAGACGAUAAAAUUGAAGGUAUAGCGGAAGGAAAGCUUGUGUCUUUUUGUGAACAGGUGCUGAGGGAGGCAUCAGAUUUUCAAUCUAGCAUGGAGGAGACAAGUAAUAUGGACGUUCAUCGAGUUCUAGAGCUUCGAUCUCCCAUAAUAGUGACGGUGCUGAAAGGCAUGUGUCAAAUGAAUGCCCGUAUUUUCAGAAGCCACUUCAGGGACUUUUAUCCUUUGAUUACAAAACUUGUGUGCUGUGACCAGAUGGAAGUUCGUGGUGCGCUGACAGUCCUUUUCAGGAUGCAGUUGAACACACUGUUGCCGUCAAAUGGGACAAAUUCGUUGGCACGUUAA